AUGGCGGCCCGGCGGCGGGGGACUAGUAGCUGCCGUACGCGAGCUUCUGUAGCAUUAAAUGACACUAAGAGAGUUAAUAAUGGCAGCACAGCUUCAGAAUACUCUCCUCCUGAUAAGAAAACGAAAAGAUGCCAGAAGCAAGCAGUGAAAAAAGAACCUGUGGUUGGAGGAAAGGCUGAUGAUUAUGACAAGACAGAAGACAAGCAAGAAUCUGUGAAGACCUUACUGUUAAAAGGCAAAGCUCCUGUAGACCCGGAGUGCACAGGCAAGGUGGGGAAGGCUCAUGUAUACUGUGAAGGGAAUGACAUCUAUGAUGUUAUGCUGAAUCAGACCAAUCUCCAGUUCAACAACAACAAAUACUAUCUGAUUCAGCUGUUAGAAGAUGAUGCCCAAAGGAACUUCAGUGUUUGGAUGAGGUGGGGCCGAGUUGGGAAAAUGGGGCAGCACAGCUUGGUAGCUUGUUCAGGGGAUCUCACCAAGGCCAAGGAAAUCUUUCAGAAGAAAUUCCUUGAUAAAACAAAAAAUAAUUGGGAGGAUCGUGAAAAGUUUGAGAAGGUACCUGGAAAAUAUGACAUGCUACAGAUGGACUAUGCCUCCACUGCACAGGUUGAAGAGGAAACAAACGAAGGGGAAACUCUAAAAUCCCCCUUGAAACGUGAGUCGCAGCUGGAUCUCCGGGUACAAGAGCUGAUAAAGUUGAUCUGUAAUGUCCAGGCCAUGGAAGAAAUGAUGAUAGAGAUGAAGUAUGAUACCAAGAAAGCCCCACUUGGAAAGCUGACAGUAGCACAAAUCAAGGCAGGCUACCAGUCUCUUAAGAAGAUUGAGGAUUGUAUUCGGGCUGGCUGGCAUGGAAGAGUACUCACAGAAGCUUGCAAUGAAUUCUAUACCAGGAUCCCACAUGACUUUGGACUUCGUAUCCCUCCACUAAUUCGAACAGAGAAAGAACUGUCAGAAAAAGUGCAACUACUAGAGGCAUUGGGAGACAUUGAAAUUGCCAUUAAACUGGUGAAAACAGAGCUGCAAAGCCCAGAACACCCACUGGACCAACACUAUAGAAACCUACAUUGUGCUUUACACCCUCUAGACCACACAAGUUAUGAGUUCAAAGUGAUUUCCCAGUACCUACAGUCUACCCAUGCUCCCACACACACUGACUAUACCAUGACCCUCCUGGAUGUUUUUGAAGUAGAGAAGGACGGUGAGAAAGAAGCGUUCAGAGAGGACCUUCCUAACAGGAUGUUGCUGUGGCAUGGUUCCAGGCUGAGUAAUUGGGUGGGAAUCCUGAGCCACGGGCUUCGAAUUGCCCCACCUGAGGCCCCCAUCACAGGGUAUAUGUUUGGAAAAGGAAUCUACUUUGCAGAUAUGUCUUCCAAGAGUGCCAAUUACUGCUUUGCCUCUCACCUAAAAGACACAGGACUACUGCUGCUAUCAGAGGUAGCUCUAGGUCAGUGUAAUGAGCUACUAGAGGCCAAUCCUGAGGCUGAAGGAUUGCUUCAGGGCAAACACAGCACCAAGGGUCUGGGCAAGAUGGCUCCCAGUCCUUCAUGUUUCAUCACCCUGAAUGGGAGUACAGUGCCCUUAGGACCAGCUGAUGACACAGGAGUUCUGAAUCCAGAGGGUUAUACCCUCAACUACAACGAAUUCAUUGUCUAUAACCCCAACCAAGUCCGUAUGCGAUACCUACUGAAGGUUCAGUUUAAUUUCCGACAGCUUUGGUGAAUGUGUAUAUUGAAUAAACCAGAGAACGUAAGCUCUUCAAUUAAGAAAAUAAACAAUGUUAUACUUUAUAAUUUUCUAAUAUUUUAUGUAAUAAAA